AUGGUGCACGUCUAUCCUCUCUUACGGCCACUCGCCGCACUAUUGUUCUUUACAUCCCUAGCUUCGACCGAGAGUAUAUUUCCAGAUUGUAGCAGUGGCCUCUUAAGCAAAAACAAUGUCUGCAACACAUCCCUCGACCCUGUAUCCCGGGCCAAAUCGCUCGUGGCAGCUAUGACUCUUGAGGAGAAAAUCAACAACACCAAGUAUGACUCGUCCGGGGCGCCUAGACUGGGCCUACCUGCCUAUAACUGGUGGAAUGAAGCACUCCAUGGCGUAGCCAAGGGUCAUGGUGUGUCGUUUCCCGGCAGCGGUGACUUCAGCUACGCGACUUCCUUCCCAAUGCCCAUUCUUCUCGGAGCUGCCUUCGACGAUGAUCUUGUCAAGCAAGUCGCCACUGUCAUCAGCACUGAGGCUCGAGCGUUCGCAAAUGGUGGCCAUGCGGGUCUCGAUUAUUGGACACCCAAUAUUAAUCCAUUCCGUGACCCUCGAUGGGGUCGUGGUCAAGAAACCCCUGGAGAAGAUCCGUUGCAUCUUUCUCGGUAUGUCUACCAUCUGGUGGAUGGACUUCAGGAUGGUAUCGGGCCUGAUAGACCCAAGGUAGUCGCAACGUGCAAGCAUUUCGCAGCGUAUGAUUUGGAAAAUUGGGAAGGGAUUGAGCGAUACGCAUUCGAUGCUGUUGUAUCUUCUCAGGAUUUAUCUGAGUACUAUCUUCCACCCUUCAAGACAUGCACGCGCGAUGCGAAAGUCGGCGCCGUGAUGUGCAGUUACAACUCCUUAAACGGCAUCCCCACUUGCGCAGAUCGCUGGCUGCUGCAGACUCUCCUCCGUGAGCACUGGGGAUGGGAACAAACUGGCCACUGGGUCACCGGCGAUUGCGGCGCAAUUGACAAUAUCUACGCUGACCAUCAUUACGUCGCCGAUGGUGCCCAUGCUGCCGCUGCUGCUCUGAAUGCCGGAACGGACCUAGACUGCGGGUCCGUCUUCCCGGAAUAUCUGGACAGCGCACUCCAGCAGGGUCUAUAUACCAAUCAGACAUUGAAUCAGGCACUCAUACGACUAUACUCAUCUCUUGUAAGGCUCGGGUAUUUUGACCCUGCAGAGGGUCAACCCUACCGAUCGAUAGGGUGGAAUGAUGUGUUCACGCCAGCCGCUGAGGAACUUGCCCUCAAGGCAGCGGUCGAAGGUAUCGUCCUGCUCAAGAACAAUGGAGCACUCCCGCUGAAGAGCAACGGAACAGUAGCAAUAAUUGGCCCGUUUGCGAACGCAACGACGCAACUACAGGGAAACUACGAGGGACCUCCAAGGUACAUUAGGACGCUGAUCUGGGCAGCCGCACACAAGGGAUACAAGGUGAAAUUCUCUCAAGGUACAGAUAUCAACUCAAACAGCUCAGCCGGCUUCGCGGAAGCCAUCUCCGCCGCCGAAGAAGCAGAUAUUGUGAUCUAUGCGGGCGGCAUAGACAACACAAUUGAGAAAGAGUCGCAGGAUCGCACCACUAUUGCGUGGCCCGGAAAUCAGCUAGAUUUGAUCGAACAGUUGUCCGACCUAAAGAAACCAUUAAUAGUGGUGCAGUUCGGCGGUGGGCAAGUGGACGACUCCUCCCUCCUUGCAAAUACCGGUGUCAGCGCACUCCUGUGGGCAGGUUAUCCCAGUCAAGCGGGUGGCGCAGCCAUCUUCGAUAUUCUAACCGGGAAAUCAGCACCUGCUGGGCGUCUUCCGGUAACACAGUACCCUGCCAGCUAUGUAGACGAAGUCCCCAUGACAGACAUGACCCUUCGUCCAGGGUCUAAGAACCCAGGAAGAACCUACCGAUGGUAUGACAAGGCAGUGCUGCCAUUCGGCUUUGGUCUCCACUAUACAACGUUCAAUGUGUCAUGGGAUUACGACGAGUAUGGUCCGUACAACACGGAUUCUGUAUCCAGUGGUGCUACUAAUGCACCGAUUGAUACGGAACUUUUUGAUACUUUCUCUGUCACGGUGACGAACACAGGGAAGGUGACAUCGGAUUACAUUGCCUUGUUAUUCUUGACCGCUGAUGGAGUCGGGCCGGAGCCUUAUCCUAUCAAAACACUGGUGGGAUACAGUCGCGCGAAGGGGAUCAAACCCGGACAGAGCCAGCAAGUUAAUUUGGAUGUUUCGGUGGGUUCCGUUGCCCGGACUGCUGAGAACGGAGAUUUGGUGCUGUAUCCGGGGUCCUAUAAGCUGGAGGUAGAUGUCGGACAGGACUUCCCGUCGGCCACAUUUACCGUCAGUGGAAAGGAGAAGGUUUUGGAUGAGUUUCCUCAGCCACAGCAAAAUGCAACUUCCAAUGUCGCGCGUCAGGGUCGAUGA